AUGUGUCGGUGUCCGCGGCGGGUCUUCACCGUGUGCUGCCACGUUGAGGAGCUCAGGGAAGAGAAGUGCGACAUCGUGAGAAAAGCAAAGCAAGCCAGACAAGCCAAGCGCGGCGCGCUCCGUAGGUGGCUGGAAACCCAGUUCACCGAACCCCGGUGCCGACUCAAAGUCACACUCCAGGUCGAAUACGGAUGGUGCGCCAUGUGCGUGCGAUACUACCUCCCCUGGAACGUCAAGGACAAGAGCGCCAUCCUGAACUACUGGGCGCACAAGAACAAGAUGGGUUACAAGCGCGCAGUCGACCCCUCCCUGGUCCCUGCCGACGUCGUCUUCUCCAUAGAUUUCCGCUACGUCGCUGACCCGAGACAGACUAGAUGCGAGAUCACCAGCCUCCUCCGCACGAUGAUCUAUUGCGGGUUCCCCCCUUCCAAGGGCAGCGACGACGAGACCCCUACGUCGUAUCUGGAGGGCCUACUCGAAGCCACCGUCGAGUGGUCCCAAUGGGUCGGCCGUCGCUACCCCCCCGAUUCAUCCUCGCAGCCUGGCAGAAACCGCCUGGAUCGCGAGAAGGGGAAGAUCGAGCUGGAGAAAAAAAUGAUCGAGUUCGAGGCAAGGAUCGAUCGGGAGGACCCCUGGGACGAGAGAAUCGACCUCCACAGCCCCUUGGUCGAGGAAGUCAAUAGCCCCUUGGUCGAGGAAGUCGAUUGCUCCUCGGACGAGAAAGUCGACAGCCCCUUGGACGAGAAAGUCGAGUUCAUCGACCCCUGGGAACGAGACCGCGCCCGCGAGGCAGGAGCAAGUACUUUCGCCCCCAAGAAGCCUGCGAGCCCCCUCUCCGACUGCUCGCCCAAGUGCAUGCGCACGUCCUCCGCCAGCGGCGGCGAGGCCCGGGAGCCCCCUCAGAUCAACGAGGGCGCGUACAGGGCCCUGUGCGGCGGCGGCGACCGGUCCGCGGCUCGGAACAGGCGCCAGUCCUAUAACCCCUGGGCCUGGGUUGGCGGGUCGCCCACCAAGAGCGCCCGCUCGUCGGCCAGCAGCGGAGCGACAGACGGAGCCGGCCGGGAGACCAUCCAGGCGGCGCCCUCCGGCGCGCUAUGGCAGCGCAGGAGGAACCACGGAAAGGGCGACAACAGCAACAAUGGCAAAAGUAACAAGGACAAUGACGGCAAGAACACAAGCACCGGCACCGGCAGCACCCGCUCCCGCAUCCCCAGGCCAGCCCCCCGGGCCCGGGCCAAGCGCACCGGCGCCGGCCCCUUCGCCGACGCCACCCCGGGCCUCGCGCCCCCGCCCCCGGCGGCGCGUGCCCCUGUCUCCCAUGGUGGGCAGCCCGGUUCGCCGCCGCCGCGCCACGUGCGGGCCGGGGUUGCGGCGCGGGACCGCGGCGAGGCGGCCACGCCUGUGUGCCUCUGCCGGGAGGUAGGCCGGAUGAGGUGCUUGUGCUUGGUGAGGUCUGGGACUGCGGACUUUCUUUGA